ACUCGGUGGAUCCGGACAAGGAAAGUCCCGGGUGCAAGAGACGAAGGACCCGGACGAAUUUCACGGGUUGGCAGCUGGAAGAGCUGGAGAAGGCCUUUAACGAAAGCCAUUAUCCCGACGUCUUUAUGCGGGAAGCCCUCGCCUUGCGGCUGGAUCGGGUGGAGGUCUGGUUCCAAAACCGCCGGGCCAAGUGGCGCAAGAAAGAAAACACUAAAAAGGGUCCCGGCCGGCCGGCCCACAACUCGCACCCCACCACCUGCAGCGGGGAGCCCAUGGAUCCGGAGGAGAUCGCGCGCAAGGAGCUGGAGAAGAUGGAGAAGAAGAAGCGCAAGCACGAGAAGAAGCUGCUGAAAGGCCAGGCCCGCGGCCUCCACUCGCCCAGCGGCCUCUCGGUCAACAGCAGCACGCAGAGCUCCGACAGCGACGGCGGGGGAGGCGGCGGGGGCGGCGGCGGCGGGGGCGGCGGCGGCGGGGGCGGCCUCUCCCCGGACCCGCCCGACAGCUGCAAGACGCCCUCGAGCAGCGGCCACCACCACGCGCCCUUGCCCGGCGGGUGCGACCCGGCCGCCGCCUCGGCUUUCUACCCGGGCCGCUGCGCCGCCAAGGACCACCCGGGGGGCCCGUCAGGAUCGGAGUGCGCGGGGCCCCCUGCCCUGCCCGGCGGCUACCCCAAGCUCAACCCCUUCAGCGUGGAGAGCCUUUUGUCGGACUCCCCGCCUCGGCGGAAAGCGGCGCUGGACUUCUCGCCCGCCCUGGCUCCCUGCGCCCCUGCGGCGCGCACCCUGAUCGGCAAGGGCCACUUCUUGCUCUACCCCAUCACGCAGCCGCUGGGCUUCAUCGUGCCCCAGGCCGCCCUGAAGAGCAACCCGGCCCAGGAGGCCCCCCAGCGAGGCUCCCCGCUCCCCGCCGCCAACCCCAGCCCGGACCCCGCGCCCCCCAAGAGUAGCAGCACGGCCGCCAUCUCCACGCCGGGCGACGGCGGCGCCUCCCUGGCCAGGAAGGUCUUGGCCUCGCCGCUGGCCGCCCCCUGCUCCUCCUCGGCCGCCUCCCCCGCGCCCUACGGCGGCGACUCGGCUUCCCAGGGGGAGGGGAGCGGCGGCUCGUCGUCGCCCCCCAAGUCGCCCCCCAAGGAGGCUGGCCACGCCAAAGGCAAUCCGGAUUGCCGCACGACGGAGAGAGACUGUGCGACGGAGACCAACAGUUUAGACUGUGAGGAGGUGGAUAUGGACUAG